AUGAGCGACGAGUUCCGUGAGGCUUUCAGAUCCGUUCAAUGGGCGACACCCUUCCUCGACGACCCGAAUUGGCACGUGUAUCCGCAUCGCCGACCUUUGCAGCCUGGCGCAACCGAUGUAGCGCACAACAACUUCGGUUCCAUGGCUUUGCGACGCGACGACUGCAUCCAGCAUUGGUUGGAGCUGUCGCAGAAGCCCGCGCCUGGCUCCCACGCGGUCACCAGAUCGAUAUCGCUAUUCAAGUACGGAAAGGGUCUCACAGGCUAUCAAACCAUCUGUCACGGAGGCGCAGUCAUGAGCAUGAUGGACGAAAGUCUCAUCAACAUCGUAUUCGCUACUCAGGCAAAGGCUGCAGGCCUAAGUCCGCACGCGUGGGUUCAGCAAGCGGAUGAGACCUGGGGCACACCGAUGAAAGAUGGGGAGACUUUACUGUCGAGGAUGAAAGGCGCAUUUGUGGUUACACGGCUGAAUUUCAAUUUUAUGAAGCCGGUGCCUAGUCCAGGUGUGGUGGGCGUGGAGUGUACGUUGGUCGAGCACACGGGAAACAAGAUGAGCAUCACUGGCGUUAUGAAGGACGAUCACGGAACCCCACUUGUGAAGGUCGACUCGCUGUGGACUCGCUUGGGCAGAGAGAAGCUAUGA